GUUUGUCUUCGGCCACCUGCAGGAUGCUGCCUCGGCGGAUGCUGUGGGGCGCUGUGGCGCGUCAGGUCGUUCCGCGUCUGACCUACAGCAGUGCAGCACAGCCACAGGUGAAGCCAAAAAAGACCAAAUUUGGCCCUCUGAGCGACCAAGAUCGGAUAUUCACAAACUUAUACGGCCGGCAUGACUGGAGACUCAAGGGAGCCCUAAAAAGAGGAGACUGGUACAAGACUAAGGAGAUCAUACUGAAGGGACCAGAUUGGAUACUGAAUGAGGUCAAAAUCUCAGGGCUCCGGGGCAGAGGGGGAGCAGGCUUUCCCACCGGAAUGAAGUGGAGCUUCAUGAACAAGCCCAGUGAUGGCAGGCCUAAGUAUCUGGUGGUGAAUGCUGAUGAGGGGGAGCCUGGGACGUGUAAAGACCGUGAGAUAAUGCGUCAUGACCCUCACAAGCUGAUAGAAGGCUGCCUGGUGGCUGGAAGGGCCAUGGGGGCCCGUGCUGCGUAUAUCUACAUCAGAGGAGAGUUUUACAAUGAGUCAUCAAAUCUACAGGUGGCUAUUAAUGAGGCCUACAAAGCAGGGCUGAUAGGGAAGAAUGCCUGUGGCUCAGGGUAUAACUUCGAUGUGUUUGUAAUGCGGGGAGCCGGAGCCUACAUCUGUGGGGAGGAGACAGCCCUUAUUGAGUCUCUUGAGGGCAAACAGGGGAAACCCCGACUCAAGCCACCAUUCCCGGCAGACAUAGGGGUGUUUGGAUGUCCGACGACAGUUUCCAACGUGGAGACGGUUGCUGUGGCGCCUGCAAUCUGUCGUCGAGGCGGAGCCUGGUUUGCCAGCUUUGGGAGGGAGAGGAACUCGGGGACCAAGCUUUUCAACAUCUCUGGUCACGUGAACACACCAUGCACAGUGGAGGAAGAGAUGUCUAUUCCUCUGAGGGAGCUAAUAGAGAGACACGCAGGAGGAGUGAGGGGUGGCUGGGACAAUCUAUUAGGAGUGAUCCCAGGGGGGUCCUCCACUCCCAUCAUCCCUCGGUAUGUGUGCGAUGAUGUUUUGAUGGAUUUCGAUGACCUGGUCCGUGCAGAGACUGCUCUGGGAACCGCAGCCAUCAUAGUCAUGGAUAAAUCGACUGAUGUGAUUCGAGCUAUUGCACGUUUGGUUGAGUUCUACAAACAUGAGAGCUGUGGCCAGUGCACCCCCUGCAGAGAGGGUGUGGAUUGGAUGGAUAAAAUAAUGUGGAGGUUUGUGCGAGGAGAGGCAGCAGUUUCAGAGAUCGACAUGAUCUGGGAGCUGAGCAAACAGAUCGAGGGACAUACCAUCUGUGCCCUCGGGGACGGAGCCGCCUGGCCUGUGCAGGGCCUAAUCCGCCAUUUCCGGCCAGUCAUGGAGAGCCGCAUUAGUCAGUAUAACAAGAAGAACCCUCCAAGAGAGCCUGAGAUUGAGAUGAUCUGAAAGUGUGCAGCGUGUUAUCCUGCUGAAAGAGGCCACAGCCAUCAAGGUUUCCAUGAAAGGGUGUACAUGGUCUGCAGCAAUGCUUAGGUAGGUGGUGCGUGUCAAAGUAACAUCCACAUGGAUGGCAGGACCCAAGGUUUCCCAGCAUCGCGCAGCUUCCGACGGCUUAAGUACUGACUGAGGAACAACAGUUGUGCCAGCUCAAGUGAUGAAUCUCAAAGACAGAAAGACAACCAGUUGCUGUGUACCUUGCUGUGUUGGCAUCAUUGUGCUCAUUUGAUUGAGGAAGCGAGAAUACUCAGCAUGGACCUACAGACAGAGAAACAUUGACAACACGUACCUGAUGUAGAUGUACAUGGGUUCAAAGGCCUCUCGUCCAGAAGCAGGCUCUAAACAACCCGACCCUUUUCCUCUGAGGAAGACUUUGGC